UGUGUCCUCAAAGUUCAACCAAUCAAUCAUUCAUUCAUUCCAAGGAGGGAUCUCUUUCUCUCUCUCUGGCUCUCUGUCUCUCUCUCUCACUCCUCUUGCACCCUCAAAGCUCUUAGUUUCUUCUGUUCUGUGAAGGGACUUUUCCUUUGGUGUGGUUGCAUCUCUUUCAAUUAUUUGUUUGGGAAGGGUCAUUCGCAGACAGUGGCAAAACAAAACAGAGAGAGCAGGUGCCUUUGUGCUGAUGGCCACCAAUGAGAAUUUACCGCCAAAUGUAAUAAAGCAACUUGCCAAGGAGUUGAAAAAUCUAGAUGAAUCCCCUCCUGAGGGCAUUAAAGUUGUGGUAAAUGAUGAUGAUUUUUCAACGAUAUAUGCUGACAUUGAUGGCCCGGCUGGAACUCCUUAUGAGAAUGGAGUUUUCCGCAUGAAGCUGUUACUGUCCCAUGAUUUUCCGCAUUCUCCCCCUAAAGGUUUUUUCCUGACCAAGAUUUUCCAUCCAAAUAUUGCAACCAAUGGAGAAAUUUGUGUCAACACACUUAAAAAGGAUUGGAAUCCUAGCCUUGGGCUACGACAUGUUCUUAUUGUUGUUAGGUGUCUGUUGAUUGAACCAUUUCCAGAAUCAGCUCUUAAUGAACAGGCUGGCAAACUGCUGCUUGAAAAUUAUGAGGAGUAUGCUAGACAUGCAAGGCUCUACACUGGAAUCCAUGCAAAACCAAAGCCCAAAUUUAAAAGUGGAGCUAUAUCUGAAUCAACAACUGCGCUGAAUGUUGAUCAGACAAACACCUCAGUGCUUAGUGCUGACGUAAAAACCUCACCCGCGAGUGCUGCAUUGCCAUUGCCAUCGCCAUCGCCUGCAACCACUGUCACAAGAGGAAAUAGUCAAGAACAGGCAGCAUCGGCAGUUUUGACUGAGACAAUAGUUAAUGGUUCUACUACUGGUACAGUAAUUUCUUCUGCUUCUGCACCACAAAAGAAGGAAGGUGGACAAGCAAAAGCUCAGGUGGACAAGAAGAAGAUAGAUGCUAGAAAGAAAAGUUUGAAAAGAUUGUGAAAAUGUUGUUCAAUAAUUGAACUUUUCAUUUGUGGCUUAGUUUUGCAAUUUCAUAGGAAAAAAAGGAGGGAGAGGGAGAGGGGGGGGGGGGGGGGGAUGGGUUCAACAUUUGCUUUAUAAUGAGUAAUUUCCAUUGGCCGUAAAUGGAUGAAAUUGAACUUGUUUGGACUUGUGUUAGUUAUCAUGUCUUGCAUCUUUUGGUGGUAAUAUUCAUAUUUUGGGG